AUGAGCACAAUACAGAACCUGAAGAACUUUAUCCGCCACGGCAAACAAGCUCGCCUGGUGACGCCUCACGCUGAACCAACCACCGAUGUUACACCCGUCCACGCUCAACAACAACGACAACCUCAGGGACAAUACGCCAAUAACCUCGACGCUAUUCAGCAUGGCAAUGGAAACGCUCAGGCGCUGUCACAACAGACGGCCACCGAUACCAAAAACAACAGGAUUUCGCGGGCCGAUAUCGAGAAAUUAGUCGCAGAGGAGCGACACAGCAAGUCGAAGAUGCCUAUAUAUCCUGGUUUAGAUCGAUAUAUCCUCAUCCAAAAGAUGGGCGACGGUGCUUUUAGCAAUGUUUACAGAGCCAAAGAUACACUUUCACAAAUGGAGGAAGUGGCCAUCAAAGUCGUGCGGAAAUUUGAAAUGAACAGAAAUCAGCGAGCGAACAUCUUGAAAGAAGUCCAAAUUAUGCGCCAACUAGACCACCCCAAUAUUGUCAAAUUAGUUGACUUUUCCGAAUCAUCUCAAUUCUACUAUAUAGUUCUCGAGCUCUGCCCCGGUGGUGAGCUCUUCCACCAAAUCGUGCGAUUGACAUACUUUAGCGAGGAACUCAGCCGUCACGUCAUUACACAAGUUGCAGAAGCCAUUGAAUACCUCCACGAAACAUCAGGUGUAGUCCAUCGUGAUAUCAAACCCGAAAAUCUAUUGUUCUACCCCACCGAAUUCGUACCCAGCAAACAUCCAAAAUUACGCCAGCCCGGCGACGAAGAUAAAGUAGACGAGGGUGAUUUCAUUGCGGGUGUGGGUGCUGGUGGUAUUGGCAAGAUCAAGAUUGCCGACUUCGGUCUUUCCAAGGUCAUUUGGGACAGUCAAACGAUGACACCCUGUGGUACCGUGGGUUAUACUGCACCAGAGAUUGUCAAGGACGAGCGAUACUCUAAGAGCGUCGAUAUGUGGGCACUUGGUUGUGUGCUUUAUACUAUUCUCUGCGGUUUCCCACCCUUUUAUGACGAAAGCAUUCAAGUGCUCACAGAAAAGGUGGCUCGAGGGCAAUAUACUUUCUUGUCGCCAUGGUGGGAUGACAUCUCAAAGCCUGCUCAAGACCUUGUCUCUCAUCUUCUUACGGUUGAUCCCGACAAACGUUACACCAUUCGCCAGUUCCUCGAUCAUCCAUGGGUCAAGAGAACUAAUGAGACAACACACGCUGCUGCUGAUGCACCUCCUCUAGCUACACCUCAAAUCUCUCGCCAAAAUGAAAAUGCAUCGCAAAUGUUCGAUAUCGAGCAAACACCUCUUUCAGCCGCUGAGCGGCGAAUGGACUUCCGAUCGCCCGGCGCUGUCAACUUGCGCGAGGUAUUUGAUGUCGGUUAUGCAGUACACCGACAAGAGGAGGAAGGGAAGCGAAGGAAGAAUUUCCGACAAGGCUACCGGGGCGCCAACCCAACGGCUGGUUUUAGUUCUCAGCUCAACCCUCUUAACGAAGACUACGACGAUGAAGAAGAAGCGGCCUAUUACGAGCAAGAUGCCAACAACCAAAAAGGAGACCCACCGGCAAAGAUCCCGCGAUCGUCGCAAACCGCUGCCAGCGAUGUCGCCGCCAUGGAAGCCAAACUGCGCCAGACUAACUUGGGCACACAACCAAGCAGCGCCGCCCAAGCGCGGACGGUGAAUCGGUACGGCGGGGCGACGACGACAUCCCAUCAGAAACAACCAACAGCCGGUGGAUAUGGUCAACAUAGCGCAGCAGUUGCAGCAGCAGCGCGUGAAAAUGCGGCACGAGCAGCUAGACAGCCAUUUGAACUCAACAUGGCUAAUGCGACCUUACUUGAGCGAAGAGGAAGAAGAGCGCCAGCUGAACAAGCCGUAUAG